CUUCACUGAAGCUGUGAAAAGCCGAAAUUGGAAUUCAGUAGUCUUGGUGACUAUUAAGCAGGUGAUAUUGGACGUGAAGUGGGGCCUCUGCAGAACACAUACACAGACUUAACUACUGUUUAGGAAGGAUCUGCCAUGGCCCUGCCUUCUCGUGGUGGCAGCCCUGACCAGGGAAUAAGAGAAGCAAGUUUCACACCUGCUCCUUUUCGUGAGAGCGACAAGAAACGCUCAGUCCAGCAAGAUGGGUUUCCAGGCUUGGCUGCCCCUGCCCUUGCCAAAGCAGCUGGUGGUGUUUGGGCUAGGAGACUGGAGCUGUUACUCUCUGGACACAAGCGUCACGGCAGACGUGCUGGUGUCCCCAGGCAUCGCGCCACAGCGGGUCGGCACGCUGGAGCCCGCCCGCAGGUCCCUGGUGUGGGAAGGUGACUGGAGGACAGAUAUUUUCAUGGCCUCAUUGAAAGAGAUGGACAAAGGCAACUCUGUGAAGCUUGUCCUGACUGUCAAAGGACAGCUGCUCCGAGGUUUCUCCAGCAGUACGCCUGCCCACCCCUUCCUCAUCCCAGAGACCACCCAGUCACCAGUGUUCCCAGCAGAUGAUAUACCCCUUGGCCAGGACCUGGAGGAUCCUACUGCGGUUGAGAAUCAGAGCUCAGAGAUGACUGCUAGAGCAUCUAGGCCUGGGAGGAAGGAUGUCUGCCCACCACUGAGGGCCCUGGCAGUACCCUGUGCCCUGAAGCCACCAUCUGGCAAGGUGGAAGCCAGUGAGGCUGGGAGGAAGAGUCCUGUCCACCCCAAGAAGCUCAGGAAAGUUUUAUUUGAACCUACAGCAUCUGAGAGAGAUCUCGAGGAGGAAGAUCUGGCGGUGGAGGAGUUGCGAGGUGAGGAUCUGGUUCCUAGACCCUGGUUUGUCUUUUCAGCCAGUUGGUGAUGCCAUUCCCUUUAAUGUCUCAGGCCUCUCAUGCUUCAUCCUUUAUAUCCCCAGCGAUCAAGAAUAUCAAGUAGGUUGUGUGUAUAUACUGUUUCUCUCCAUACAAUUGCCCUUAGAAUAGAUGCUUCCGGUACUGUUAGGCUCUCCAACACACUUCUGUAGCCCGUCUGAAUCUCAGGCACACCUCUGGGUGCAUAGUCCUUUGAGGCAAAGGGUAAGAUGUGGAACAGACUUCGAUUAAAACGUAUUUUUUUAGCUUGCUCAGCCAACUGCAGGGGCCUAGGAGAGAAGAGGAGGAGGAACAGAGCAGUAUGAGGAAUAUUUCUGGAAGCAGCUCCAGGCUUCUGGUUGCUGUAUCUCGGGCACUAACAAGCUGUCUCUGGGUAGCCGUCCCUCACAAGGAGUCACACAGGGGGUUAGCACAACUGGCAUAUCCCUUCUGGGGAUGGGUGGUCAAUGGGGGGGCAUCCGAGCCUGUCUGAAGUGGCAGCCUGUAUGCGUCCUACACCCAGCCAGACUCUUUGCUGGCUCCCUCUGCUAGCAAUGUCUCUCCUAGUACAGCAGUUAUUCCCCAAAGCCAACAGAAAAUCUUCCUCGGGGAACUGUCUCUUGCCACCCCAGAGGGAAGGGACCUGGGGCCCUUGCCUUCCCAUUUCUGCCCUCUGAGCCUUCAGUGGCUUUGUUUUCCCCAGCAGGGAAGGAGGGAGCUAGGGGCGCCUUGUCUGACUCUGCUCACAGCCCUGUGCGCUCCCCUCCCCAGGCAGUCCCAGCCCACGGUGGUGCCAUGCCAUGUGCCUUAGUGACCCGGGGACAGCUGUUCUAUUUGGUGGAGAGGGUGUCGAUCAGCGGUCCUGCAAGGAUGCACUCUGGAAACUGGAAACUGGUGGGCACUUCAGGGCUAUAAAAGGCAAUAGGCGCAGUGGGACUCGCGGACAACUCAUGCAGAUGGGAGGGAGUACUCAGGGGUAUGUGCAUAGGGAGGGGACAACAAAGGUGUCACAUCUCCUAGCAUGGUCAUCAGGCUGAGCUGACAGCAUAGGGUGCCAGGAGAGGCUGUGGAGUUUUAUAUAAGAGCCCUCCAGGAGCCAAGGUAUAAAUUCUGGAAAGAGUUGGGUGAAUUUUAAGGGGUAAAAGCAACAGCACAAUUUGCAGUCUGUGUGUGAUGACUGGUGGAGAAGUGUUAGAUACAAUUCCAGUGCCCUGCAGCUUUCUGCACCUCACCGAUCCUCUCUUCCACCUUACUACUCCCUAUGUAGUUAGUGUUCUCCUUCAUUCCUUACACAGAAAAAAAAUCUGUGAGAGUCCCCUCCAGCCCUGAAUCAAAGGAGAGGAGGAGAUGAAGGGAGCAAGGUCUUGAGUAAAGAUUGUAAGAUACUCUUUAAAUCUGGAGAAAUUGAAAGCAUCUUUGAAAUCCCACACCAUCUGUCUUGGUCUUGCUCCCACAGACAGUGAUUUCUGGCUUCCAGUGGGUUUCCA